AUGAUGAUGACUGGCCGUGUGCUGCUGGUGUGUGCCCUCUGCGUGCUGUGGUGCGGUGCCGGCGGUGAUGGACGAGCUGAAGCAACUCUUCCAGCUCCUCCAGUUCCUCCGGUUACUCCGCCCGAAGAUAACACUCAAAAAGAAGAAAAUACCGUCGGUGCCGCUGCAGAAGUUGGCCAAAGCGGUCAAAAGUCAGCGCUAGAAGAAAAAUCACCAAAGGCGUCAGGAUCACCGGAAGUGCAAGCGAGCCAGUCACCGGCACCAAAAUCCCGAGGAGAAGCAUUAGAAAAGGCAGGCGCAGGAACGGACAACAAGGAUCAAGAAACCGAAGGUGAAAAGAAAAAAGAUGACGAGGAAGAGGAAGUGACAAAGAAAGAAAAGGCUGAGCAAGAAAGUGAGGAACUAGAAGAAGAACGUCGAGGAGAAAGGGACGAAGAGGAAGAAAAAAGCAACGAUAAGAAGGAAGGAGAGGAGAAAAAGAAGGAAAAAGCUGUUACCGGCACCGCAGAGGGGACCUCAGCAGCCGGUCAAAAGCAGCCAAGUUUAUCUUCUGGUGCGGCGGGAGCAUCGAAUAUAACAAAUACCAACAGAACACAAACAACUGGAGACGGUGAUUCAACAGCCGAUGCCGCAGGGACACGAGAGGGAAAACAAAAUGAAAAUAAAGAAGCCAAUCCGAAAGAAAGACCAGUCGAAGCCACAGCCACGAAAAAUACAACGGCGACGACUGGCGACAGUGACGGCAGCACCGCGGUCUCCCACACCACCUUCCCUCUUUUGCUUUUUGUUGUUGUUGUUGCUUGUGCGGCUGCUGCGGUGGUGGCCGCGUGA